UGGAGCCGAUUGGCUGAGGCGGCUGUCCGUCGGGCUGGCGAGGGAGCUUGGUUUCGUUUUCAGGUGUUUGUAGGGAUGCAGUUCUUUGGCCGCUUGGUAGAGACUUUGAACACUGUGACCAAUCUCUUCGCCAAUCCUUACCGUGUACGGGAGGUCCCAUUGUCUGAGUAUGCAGCUUACAACCGAGUCAUGGAUGAUAACCGAGUGGUGCUUUACCGUACAAUGCAGUCCUGGGAUUGCUUGCUUAUCAAUCCCAGCAUGCCUCAGACUGCCUUCAGGUUGUUCCAGGUAAGCUCAGAAGUGGAGGGAAGAACUGUCUUCUUACAGUUUGCACAGAAGAUGAGGCCGUUCUACGAGGUAGCUUCGGGCUCGCUGAAACUUGACACUGUGCAACAGCUGACUGACUGUCUGCGAAGCCACCCAGACUGGCCCUUGGCCCACAUUGCUGUGGAGAUGGGCAUGAAGGAGAGCUUCCGCCACAAUCACAUUAUGAGCUGCAUCAAUGACACAGAAAGUGAAGUGGGCAUGACUCCUCUACACCUGGCUUGCAAGAAGGGGGAUGUAGACUGCAUUCGGGAGCUCGUGGAAGGAUGUGCAGCUCGCUUGGACAUUGCAGAUAAAAACAAGGAGACAGUCUUUCACUAUGCUGCUAAGCAGUCAAAUUGUCAGAUCAUUGAGUUGUUAAGUAAACAGCGUUCUGUUGGAGUGAAUCACUUGAGCAACAGCGGCGAAACACCACUUCAUAUUGCUUGUCGACUGGGCAAAGCUGAUGUAGCCAAGUCCUUACUUCAAUGCCAGGCUAGUUGUAACAUUGUUGGCUCGCAUGGUUAUCCAAUCCACACAUCCAUGAAGUUCAUUCAGAUUGGAUGUGCUGAGGCUAUUCUUGAGGCGGACCCAAACCAGAUUCAUAGUGAAGAUGCUCAUUAUGGUGGGACGCCUCUUCACUGGGCCAAGAAAGCGGAGAUGAUCCGGCUGCUGAUUAAUCAUGGAUGUCGCUUGAACUACUUGAGUAAAACUGGAGAGACGGCAUUGCACAUCAUGGUGAAGCGUAAGCGUUUUGAGUGUGCCUUGGCACUGUUGGUGCAUGGAGCUGAUCCAAAUGUAAAGGGAGAAAAUGGGAAUACACCUCUUCAUCUUGCCAUGAAGCUUGACAGCUUGGAUCUCAUCAAAGCUCUGAUUGUGUUUGGCGCUGAUGUGAAAUCGCCCAAUGAUUUUGGAGAGACACCUGGAUUAAUUGCUGCUCGGCACAGUAAAGGCAAUAACCGGAAGGUGAUGCUGAGCCUACUGUAUAGUAUAGGGGUUGAAUGCUGUUACCCGCCUUCUGACUCCCCCACAUCGCCAGCUAGACACUCUGCAAGACCAGCCCCUGUGAGAGGAAACACUGGAUUAGGAUAUGAUGAUAUUGUAGGGAUUGCCACUGUACUUGGAUCCUUAUCGAAAGGAAUGGAUGUUCCAGAUGGACAGCGAUAUGAUCGGUUGCUCUGCCUAGAUGGGGGAGGAAUCCGAGGUCUCGUCCUAGUUCAGCUGCUAAUCGCCAUUGAGCAGACAGCGGGCCGACCCAUUCGAGAGCUCUUUGAUUGGAUCUCGGGCACCAGCACUGGAGGAAUUCUGGCUCUUGCCAUUGUUCAUGGAAAAUCCAUGCAAUAUCUGCGCUGCCUUUACUUCCGAAUGAAAGAUGAGGUUUUUAAAGGAUCCAGGCCAUUCUCAUCAGUUCCACUCGAGGAAUUUUUAAAGAGAGAAUUUGGGGAAAAUACCAAAAUGACCGAUGUUAUAAAACCCAAAGUCAUGGUGACUGGAACCCUCUCAGACCGACACCCUGCCGAACUCCAUCUGUUUCGCAACUAUGAUCCACCUGAGCUGCAGCGUGACCCACCGUACCAGCGGACUGCAGAGUUCCAGGCUCUCACACAGCCGAAAGACCAGCUGGUGUGGCGAGCAGCUCGAAGCAGUGGAGCAGCCCCGACCUACUUCCGACCAAUGGGCCGCUUCCUUGAUGGGGGGCUGCUCGCAAAUAAUCCAACACUGGACGCCUUGACUGAAAUUCAUGAAUACAAUCAGAAUUUGAAAAGAAAGGGUAGAGAGAAUGAGGUGAAGAGACUUAGUAUCGUGGUUUCACUUGGGACAGGAAAACCACCGCAGGUACCAGUGUCCUCAGUUGAUGUCUUCCGUCCUUCCAAUCCCUGGGAACUGGCUAAAACGGUCUUUGGUGCACGGGAGCUGGGCAAGAUGGUGGUUGACUGUUGUACUGAUUCUGAUGGCCGAGCAGUGGAUCGAGCCAAAGCUUGGUGUGAAAUGGUGGACAUUCCAUACUUUAGGUUGAACUCUCAGCUGAAGACAGAUGUGAUGCUAGAUGAAAUCGAUAAUACCAUUUUAGUCAACAUGCUUUGGGAUACGCAAAUCUACAUCCAUCAAGAGAGGGGGAGAAUCCAAGAGCUUGCCCGUCUUCUGUUAAGUGCUUAAUUAGUGUGGAAGGAAGACCAACCAACCACUGGAAGAUAUUUGAGCCGAAUGAAUUUUUGCCACAUAUUUAAUAUUUAAUUUAAUUAUUUUUUACUUGAUGACUAGAACUAAAUAAUGGUACAGUUUUAACCCAAUGAAAAUUCACAAUGCUUAAUACUUUUGUGUCUUGUGUAAAUAAAAUCAAGGAGAAACAAAGAGAUUCCACUCAAGAGUGCAUUCAGCUACGAAUCUCAUAACCACUCUUUUCUCUUUAGUGAUGCACUGGACUAGCUGAGUGCUGAGUGUUUCCAAUUAAUGAGGGGUUAGCUGUUGAGUAGAGGAAACUAGGAUCCAGUUUGACAGGCAGGUGGCCCACGGAAAAGUACCUGAAUGUGUCUGGCAUACAAAAUUAAUUUUUUUUGCAUCAUACUUAGAGGGAUAUUUGAUCUUGGAGGCAGUGCAUAAUAAUUUAAUGCUGUGAAUGUAUUGGUUAAAUAACAAGAAUAACCUUAAAACCUGGCUUACAGAAUUGAUUAAAGAAAGUUGAUAUUAAAAUUUUGUAUAUUAUUUCAAGGCAUUUGGUUGGAGGUACAAAGUUCAUUUUGUUGGGGUAGGGAAUCUUUAAUUCUGAAGCUGUGUUUUGCAUCUAUAGGUAUGGAGAGAAUACUUUCACUAGAUGUGAAGAGCAUAACCAGUGGAUGUCAGGAUUAUAUACCUGGAAAUGAUGUAGGAAAAUUAGAGGAAAGAGUUUUGAUGGACUGACAACAUUUUUCUGUGGUUGAGAAUUUCACUUGAUCAUUGCCCUCAUCUUAGUCCUAAAUGGCUUAUACUAUGUCCUUGGACUUGUGACUCUCCUUACCAAAUCAGCUGGAAACUCUUUGAAUUUUUGAUGGAAAGGUAGUCUGGAAGCCAACUGCAUUUGACCAGAUUGUGUAUCCUGUCUAUUGAUAGUAUGUGGAUAAUGGGUUAAUAUAAUUUUUUAAUUAUAAACUUUAAAAUAUCUUAAACAUAACUAAUUGUAAUCAUGGAGAAUUAUGCAUUUUGUUAUGCCUAAUUAUAUCCCUUUCAGUUUUGUCUUAAUAUUCUUACCAAGCUUGUUAUUUCUUCAGCUGGGAAAGAGAGUUCAUAUAACUAAAAACCAAAGUGUCCCAAAUACAUUUCAUUAAGGGAAAUAUCAUUUAAGAUAUUUAUACCCUUUUGUCUUUGAACUUUGGCAUUGCUUCAGAUUUCUGAUUACACGAUGUUAAUGUUUGCAAGUUGCUUAAAAAAACACAAUUGCUCUUAUCAGACUGGGUAGACAAGAUCAAUUUGUAGACCAAUCCAGGUAUCAUUAGUUAAUUGUUCAAUGGGUUAAUGGGAAAACAAACAAUAUUUUCAUCAGUCCUAACCUACAUUCAAAUAAAAUCAAUGUGCAAGGCAAAUGCAGGUUUGAGAAUAAUGUUUUGUUCUUAAUUACAAGGAGAACAUGGAGCUGACCCUGUGGAUUAAUGUUCCACUAAGUCCACUCUUUGAAAAACCCAAUUUACUACAGUUAAAACCUCUAUAUGAUGAACAAUUAGCCCAUCUCUAUAACACAGGCAGUAAUAUUCCAUACACACUUUAUAGAAUACAAAUAAGAGGUGUUUUGUAGUUUCAUAGAGUUAUACAGAUUAAGACAGACCCUUCAGACAUACUUCCCUUAUGGUUAUAUAUAUUGUAAUCAUGAUUAAGCAUUAUUGGUUCUAAAGCAAAUUGGAGUGUGCUGACAUUGUAAGUGGCACAGAUCUUUAUUCUGAAGGCCUUAAAUGAAGAGAUGGUACGUUGUCUUAAAAACAUGUAUACUUGAUACACUGCAUAGACAUGUUUUAAACUUAUGUUUACUCAAAUUGACGAUGAACUAACAGCCUUACAUAUGAUUUUAAUGUAUUUAAAUAAUUGCAAUGCUGCUGUACUGUGCAUGAAACGAGCCAACAAACUGUGCUGUCUUAUUUCCUUUAAAUGAUGCAGAGAAGGUGGUUCAAACUGGACUGCAGAAUCUCUCUGUUCCGUUAUCUAUGUUUUAUGAAAUUAACUAUUUGCACUAAUAGUGUAGUAAUUAGAAUAAAUGAAUAUAACCAAGCAAGAUAAACAUUAUAUGAAUAAAUGAGCCUUAACUUAGGAGUAAAGGUGUACAGUGAUUCCAAUGACAUACUUUAUGUGUCAUAAUCAUAGUCUUGUAUUAAUAAAAAUGAGGCAAUAAAACUCCAUAGAGCAAAUUCAUCCUCUGCCAUUUCUCUACAGUUAUCCCCUCCCCAGUGCCUCUACUGAGAGCCAUUGCCAUUCCCAAUGGUGAGGUCAGAUCAUUUUCACAAAUUCCUUUUGAUCAAAAUGUCAAACCUGCAGUACUGCGCAUGUAUAGUUAGGGUACCUAAGACUUUUUGCACAGUCCUGUAGUAAUUUUUUUGUAUUGCACUGUACUGCUGCAAAUCAAAUAAAUUUUGUGGCAUAUGUGAGUGAUGAGAAACCUGAUUCUGAUUUGGGCCUCUAAUGUGGUCUGAGAGUGGAAGGGGGACAGGGAGAGGGGAAUCAUGGUUGGGAAAAGGGGAAGUAGAGGGGAGGGAGUGGGAAGCACCAGAGAGAUAUUCUGUAAUGAUCAAUAAACCAAUUGUUUGGAAUUAAAUGACGUUGCCUGGUGUCUCAGGGCAGGGCAAAACUGUACCUGCGCCACACCACAUCCCCUUGUCAUUCCCAACCUCCUUUGCUCCCACCAGAUUUAAAGGCAUGCUCUCCUAUCCACAUUGACAAAUAGAGUACUGCACAAAAGGUCUUGGGCACCCUGGCUAUAUAAAUGUGCUUAAGACCUUUGCAUAGUACUGUACAUACUCUGAGCUCUUGACCACCACUUAUAAGAACACUUCCUAUUUUUUCAGCAACAAACAGAAUGCUGAAGGAACUUAUCAGGUCAGGCAGCAUCUGCGGAGGGAAGUGGACAUGUAAUGUUUUGGGUCAAGACCAUUCAUCUGGACUCCAUCCAUCAUCUCCAGCCUCUCGUGCCAUUUUCACCCUACCCAAACCAGUCCUGACUUGUCCGCUUCUAUUGAAGCCCGCCCCAACCCUCGAUUAAGAGGAAAACAUUAGACUAACUGUAUAACUGAAUUCUUUCAUCCAUUCCAGUGAAUCUUUUCUCUGUCCUCUCACUUAAAAUAUGAAUCAGAAUUGUUUAUUGCUACUGAGAUACAUUGAAAAGCUUGUUAUGAGGCAGUAGUGCAGUGCAAUACAUAAAGAUGCUAUAAAUUACAGUAAGAAAUAAAUUUUAAAAGCAGCACAAAAAGAGAGUAAAAUAGUGUGGUGGUGUUCAUGGGUUUAUUGUCCGUUCAGACAUCUGAUCGGGGAGUAGAAGAAGCUGUUUCUAAAAUAUUGAGUAUGUGUCUUCAGGCUCCUGUACCUCCUCUCUGAUGGUAGCAAUGAGAAGAACAUGGUGCCUAAAGCCUCACAGGAUCAUUACUAAAAAAAAUUAUACAAAUCUAAGGAGAGCGUUAAGAAUUUACAAACUUGUAGAUAAAAGGUGAAGAACUUGGUUGAGGGAGUGUAGCAGUUCGAGCAACCAUUUCAUAGCAGUAGUGAUCAAGCAGAGUUUGAUUCCCACCACUGUCUAAGGACAUUCUCCCCAUGACUGUGGACUUUCUUCAUCUGCUCCAGUUUCCUUCCUCAUUCUAAAGAUGUACAGGUUAAGGUUCAUGAGUUGUGGGCAUGCUUUGUUGGAACCAGAAGCAUAGUAGCUAGCCUGUCCAGCACAAUUCACGCUGAUUCGAUAUGAUGCAGAAUUGAGUACUCGAUUCACACAUUUGUCAGCCAUCUGAGAGUCAUCAGUUUAAUGCUUUAUCCAAAAGUUCAAAGUAAAGUAUCCAAGUAUGUAUAGCAUAUACAAUCUUGAAUUUCAUUGCCUUUCAGACACCCACAGGAAAACAGAAAUGCAAUAGAAUCCACCUUCAAGAAGUUCCUUCACUGUUCAGUAAUUGUUAUGGAUUGUUUUCUUUAUGAUUCACUGCAUCAAUUCCUAAUAAAAAAUGUUACACUUUA